AUGCCCAAGGCGACGCUUUUUAAGCCUUUUGGCCCGCCAACCUCGAAGCCCAGCCACUUUGGAAUCUCUAUUGGUGCCUUGUUCCUUGCGGUUAUUGUAUUGGCUCUUAUUAUGUCGCCUCCAGUUCUGUGCGACAUUUGGCUCUUCAGCAUUGUGGGCGACGGUGCCGAGACCAAGUUUGGGGUAUUUGGGACUUGUUACAACCCCUCCCAGACCUCCGUCCGCCAGUUUCGUGCUUCAGCGAUUGGACGUGAACUUUCCUCUUGCUGGCUCACGCUUGACGAUACGACCAACUCUCCGGUGAAGGUUCGGUCCUAUUUCCUGGUGUUCGACGUGAUUUAUGCUUGCUUUAUCGUGUUCCUUGUCUGGGUCGCCUGGUGUUUCAACUCUCAGACCCAUUCGUACCUUGCGCGAUGA